CGUGCGCUGUGAAGUUGAAAAACAUGGCUGAAUCACAAAUGUAGUGCACUGUACUGGUUAUGGGAAGGGUGUAGUAGUGCUGGUAUACAGAGUAGGGGGUCAUGAGGAGUGAGAUGAUAUAGAAGUCACCCCUCGUCCUUAACUGUCUGGUUGCUGGUGGAUCCAGAGCCUGUCUCGGGAACACUGGGCUAGAGGCUGGAAUACACCCUGGAUGGGAUGCCAAUCCAUUACUGGGCACCAUGCACAAACAAUCCAGAUGUAUACAUGCUGUUCUGAAUGUGUGUGUUGGGGUGUGUGUUGGGGUUGUUCUGUGAUGGACAGAUCUCCUGUCCAUGGUCUAUUCCUGUUCCCUGCCUAGUGUUCCCUCAAUAAGCGUUCUGUGCGUGUCCUCUAAAAAGAGAAUCUGCAACAUUUUAUUAUCUAAAGAUUUAUGAUGAAGUCAUCGAAAUGCUUUUCCAGGUGCAGGGCAGCCUGUUUUAAUGGUUACUUAAGGAAGAACAUAUUAUGGAGUCUGCUGCUAUAGGAAAAUAACAUGUGUGGUGUGAUGCAAGUCAAGUCUACAACAUAAGCACUGCUAUGAAUUUUACAACAAAUAUACACAUCAUAAAAAAAUACAGGAACAAGCCACAUAAUCAUAAUGAAUUAACCAGACGUUGACCACACCAAUUAACUCUUUGGACAAUGUGAACGCAUUCAGGAAGAAAGUAAGCACCUUACUUACCUAAAUAAAACAUGAGCCCAAAGACACGAGUCACAUUAACUCAGGUUGCAGUGGAGGAUAUAAAGAUGUUUACAUUCAGAUCAGGAGAAAUAAGCAUGGCUGUAGCAGGACAUUGUACAGUGCAAGAGUUGAUGCACUCUUGAGUGCGUCUUCCGAACCCAUGAUUCACUUCACAAGUCUCAGGUAAAGAGCCAAGAAAAUUCGAUUAGAUAAACCGCUUGUGAGGGACAUGAAUCAUAAAUAUUUUUCACCACUAUUUUCCAAACACAUUACGGCAUACAGUGUUAGACCAGUAACAGCUGUCUGCAGUGUGGUGUGAUGCAAGUCACGUCAAGAAACUCUUAUAGUAAUUUCAACAACAUAUAGCUGACACAGUACAUAGUGAAAUGAGAUGUUUCUCCAGAACCCUGGUGCUACAUAAGACAACACAACAACAUAUGGCUACAGAACAAAAACAACCAGACAGAGCUAAGGACAGAAAGUAGUUAAAUUGCAGGAAUGCAGCCUGAUUUGAAGCAGAGUUACUGUCACCAUCCCAAAGAUUGAUUAUUUGUCCUAUAACAGUACAACCCAAGUGUUUUAUUCCUCUUAAACCACUUUAAUUUGCGUAGAAUUACAAUGUUUAAUUUAUGAAUACUUUUACCUGGUAAUGUUAAGGGACAUCCGUGUGACAAAUUAGUCGCUGAUGUCAUAUACGUUCUCAUCUCCUCAUCAUGGCAUACAUGAUCUAUCAUACAUGAUCUAUAUCUCCUCAUCAUGGCACCUGUUAGUGGGUGGGAUAUAUUAGGCAGCAGGUGAACAUUUUAUCCUCAAAGUUGAUGUGUUAGAAGCAGGAAAAAUGGACAAGUGUAAGGAUUUGAGUGAGUUUGACAAGGGCCAGAUUGUGAUGGCUAGUCCACUGGAUCAGAGCAUCUCCAAAACUGCAGGUCUUGUGUGGUGUUCCCGGGCUGCAGUGGUCAGUAUCUAUCAAAAGUGGUCCAAGAAAUGAAGAGUGGUGAACCUGUGUGGUCUGAUCCAACAGACGAGCUACUGUUGCUCAAAUUGCUGAAGACGUUAACACUGGUUCUGAUUGAAAGGUGUCAGAAUUCUCAGUGCAUGAUGGGUCAGGGCUGUUUUGGAGCAAAAAUGGGACCAACACAAUAUUAGCUUAUUUGUGUCUUUAGCCUUAUAAGGAGACAAGAAAGGGAAAAUGGUGGUCUCAGCAGACAUUUUCAUCUCGACAGCACAGGCGUUUCUCUGUUGCGGGAAGAAGAAGAGACAAAUUCCCCAUUCAUCAUGUCUUGAUAUGGCUGUGCAAAUCAUUGCUCUAGAUCUGGGCCUUAAACCGGCUGUUCUGUAUGACCUUAACGGCGCAUGUGCAGAACAGAUCCAGCGAUAUGUUGGCUCACUGCAGGAGGCUGGAGUAGUGACCACAGCACUUCGAAUAUUGUCCAUCAGUGGAAAUUGUCUGGUUGUGAACUCUAAUCUGAUGAAAGAACAUUUGAGUGAAGUGCUGAAGAAAAACAGCCUCCUCACUGUUGACGUGUGUGCCUGGAAGGAGCAACCAUCUCUGAUUGUCAUGGAUACUAACACCAAGCAUAUGGUCAAAGACAUGCUGGACUAUAUUAUGGAUAAAGAGGACCAGCAUCUGUCAGUCAUUGUGGUGGGAGAGGAGCUGUAUGAACAGUGGAACUUGUGCACACUAUUUGGGAUCCUCUUGGGCUAUCCUGCCUCAUACUGGUUUGAUCAAGCACAGAGUUUUGAGAACUGUCUGAGUAUGACCCCACUGGUGGUAAAUAAGGUUUGGGUUUGCUGGCCAGUAUGUGACACGAAGCACAGCAGUUGUCUUUACUCAUUCAGUGUCCCUGAAGUAUUAUGGGCAGAAGUCGAUACCGUUAUACAAAACUGGGUGGAGCGCAUGAGAAGCCGAUUUUGCGAACAGACAGUUUUGAUCGAACUCAGUGUUUCAAAGGAAACUAUAAUUUUGCCCGCUGUAGCCCUGUGAGUGUUUGUGUACAGUUUUAGUGCUCAAGAGGCUUGAUUGUGUUUGACACAGAAAAACUAUUAUAAACAGACAGAUUGACAGCUGCAUUCAUGAUUUAGAUGAGUUUCUCCUCAAAAGUCAUUUUAGGGAUUAGUGUUAUAGAGUAAAUAAUCCACAUUGUUUAUCUUCAUUACACCUGCUGCUAUGUUCACAUGCUUCUCCAUCACUGCUGAUGAUAUGUGUCAGCAACAUGGGCUGGAAACCAUCUGCAAAUAAAAGGUCAUUUCUCUCUGUGUAAUCACCUGACUUGACUACCAGCAAUGGGUUUAUUGAGUUUACAAAAUGUGCAAGAGGGAAAUCAGCCCUGAGUCACUUCUUGACAUCAUCCUCUGUAUAUGCCUUAUGAUCAUUGGAGGUGCUGUUGUGUUGGGUUUCCCAGAAAUCCAAAAUAAUCUACUUGGAAAUGAAAUGAGACUUUAUAUUGUUCUUUUUAUACUUUGAAAGAUGGGGCUUAGUCUUUCACAUUUAUACCUGCCACCAAUUGCCUCUUAAAAGUAAAAAAUUUAUACUCAAGAAACUAUUAAAAUGGGCUUAGACAUGGGAUCUACACCAUUAUUAUCAUAUAAACUGGGGAAACAUGUUCCUAACACCUAGCCAGAUAAUGAAUUGCUAGUCCUCUACUUGGGAGUAUCCAAGUCUCAUAUUUGCAUUUCUCACAUGUAUUGGUCAAUGAUUUAUAGAACAUCCUAACCAAAAUAUACUAUUAUACAAUAAUUUGUUUUUCCACAAACAUAGCAGGACUUUGUUUGACACAGGCUGACACAAGUGGGGUUUUCACAUGGUGAUAUUUUCAGUGAUUUAUAUAAACCAGUCAAGUUUUUUAAAUUAAUAAUAGUCAGCUAACCAGCUAGUUAAUGCACACAAUUGCUAGCUGACUAGUAAACAGACUCUCAUUUGUGACAGGUAAAGAUGAGUAGCAUGUCUCUGAGAAUUAUUUAGCCAAGCCUAUCAAAACAAGCUAGUCACUUAGCAUUAGGAGUAGGUUCUGUGACUAAAAAUGAGAGAUAGCAUGUUGUAACAAGUUUAUUCAAGCUUGGA